AUGGACUGGAUGAGUGGCAAUCCACCAUCAAGCUCACAAGUCAAAUCCUUCAACGAUACCCUCCACAUUGCAACCCUCACUCGGAUUUCCGAACGCGGGAAAAAAAAGUAUCACGUGCUUAUGGCAUGGCUUUUCAAGGCUGUCAGUGUGUCGCAGAGCAUGUUACUGCUGGCUGGUUUGGGGAGCAACUUCGACUACCUUGAUGUUAAUGCAAUGUCCGAGGAUUAA